GGCGGGGCAGCAUGCCGAUGCCGACGGCAUCCCUCUCCACUCACUCAGUCAGUUGCCCGCCGGCUUUCAUAGAGUAGUGACGUAUCACUUAUUCAUUCUCUGUUGUUGUGAAGUGUCGGCACUUUUAUUUUUAUCAACUAACCAAUAUGGAGUGGGACGAUGCAACAGUUAUAAAACUAAUAGACCUCUAUCAUUUAAAAGAAAUAUUAUGGAACCCAAAAAACCGUGACUACAAAAGCCGGCCAAAGCGUUACGACGCAUUUAAUGAAAUUGCCAGUGAAUUUGCUACUGAUGUUCCGGAAAUCGAGAGAAAGAUAAAAAAUUUAACUAGUCAUUAUUACCGAGAGAAAAAAAAAGAAGAUAAUUCAAAUAAGUCUGGUGCGGGUACUGAUGAUAUUUAUCAUAGUAAAUGGUUUGCCUACAAAUCACUAAAUUUUCUGCGGAACAAAAAUGUGCCUACUGGAACCACCGAUACUGUAAAAUCACAAUCAAAUCAAAAUGAUUUACCACAGAUGUCACCAGGAGAUUCACAAUCAAAUCAUAAUGAUUUACCACAGAUGUCGCCGGAAAAUACAACUUGGCAACGAAAUAAACGUCCUAAAAUCAACCCUAAUAAAGAGUUGAUAUCCGAAGCAUUGAAUAUUAUGAAGAAUGUCUCCCAACGACCAAAUGUGACAAAAGAUGAGGAUGGUUUAUUUGGAGAUUAUAUUGCGGGUCAGUUAAGACAAAUGGAUCGACAAAUGAAAGCUAUUGUGAGACAUCGGAUCAACAAUAUAAUAUUUGAAGCCGAAACUGGAUAUAGAUCCGAUACAUUUACGGAUUUUGCAAGACCAAGUAGUGUUUCUAGUUCACACAGUCAUCCAGGAUACUAUACAGCAUCUUCACUUCAACAGGCGGUUGUAAGCCCUUCUACAAAUAACUUAACUUCUUCUGAAUACUCUGCCCAAACAAACUCAGAUCCACAAACAAUUCAACCUUCGUCACUAGAAACAUUUGCUGAAGAAUACCUACCUAGCUCUAAAUCCUUCUGA